AGAGGCUUUAACUUAACGUCGCUUUUCCGGUUAUUCACACGGUGGCGCUUUCAGGUAAUGGGAGAAUACUCGUGUUGAGCAUCGAUGUGUCUCACACACACACACACACGCUCGCUCGCGGCAUCGGUAGCAGGUGCGGGCGGGCGCGCGCGCGCAUCACCGAGGACAUGGAGUUAAAAAGCUCCCUCGGUCAAACUGCGCUUUGAUUCACCGGCCGAGGAGCAAAGCGGAGACCUUCUGAUCCAGCGCAAACUUCAAGUGUGUUGUCGAGCUUGGAAGCAUGGAGAAAGGACGCAGCACCCCGAAACUGUACGGAUCCCUGGAUCAAACGGAGCUCUGCGGAGACACGGUCAAACCAGCCGAAGAGGAUGUGGUGUCCAUGGCUGAUUCCACCAUCACUGUGGAGGACAUCGAGGGAGAGCUCUUCAAAAUCGAGAGGAUAAAGGACGCGCUGGUCCGGAAAGAGUCUGAGCUCAGAUAUAUGAUGGAUGACAUCCAGCUGUGUAAAAGGGAGAUCACAAGGCUCAAAACAGAGCUCCAGAAACUGGUUUCCAUUCCAGACAAAGACAAGUCCAAUGAAGACAGACAGCGAGAGGAAGAUCUUCUUCAGCAGAUCCAGAAGCUGGUGGAGACGCGGGACUUUCUAGUGGACGACAUGGAGUUCGAGAGGCUCAGAGAACGAGAAGAGGACAAAGAGAUGGCUGACUUCCUACAGACCAAAUUUCCCAACAGGUGCAGCGUGAAAAAUCGCACCAAGGACAAGAGAAUGACGUCCAGAGCCCAGCAGACCUCGUCUCCGUGCGUGACCAAGACCGGUGUGGCCCUGCUGAAGGAGUGCUGCGGCUUCACCUGCUCCGUCAUGUAG